AUGGCGGCGCCGACAGUAGUCUUGCAGGUGGUGGUCACGGGGGGAGCGGGCCAGAUAGCCUACUCCUUGAUCCCGCUGAUCGCGAGAGGGCUGGUCUUCGGUCCGCGGACGAGGGUGAACCUCCGGUUGCUGGACAUCCCCCCUUCAGCCUCGGCCCUCGAAGGAGUGGCUAUGGAAGUGCAGGACAGCCUGUUUUCGACCGCCUUGGAUGGCAUUCUCGCCACCACCGACGAGGCUAAGGCCUUCGACGGGGCGCAGGUGGCCAUCCUCCUGGGAGGUUUCCCAAGAAGGCCUGGGAUGGAGCGGGGAGACCUCAUCGAGAAGAACGCUGGCAUCAUGAAGCGGAUGGGCGGUUGCCUGGAGAAGCACGCCAGCCGUAAUUGCAAGGUGGUGGUCGUGGCCAACCCCGCGCCGACCAACUGCAUCGUCCUCGCGUCUUACGCUCCAUCCAUCCCAAGGAAGAACAUUAGCUGCCUGUCCCGCCUGGACCACGACCGCAUGGCGGGCAUGCUUCUUCACGAGGCCAACCGCUGCCUCGCCGCCGCCGCCGCUAACGGCAACGGCAGCGCCAAAGGGGGUUCAUGGCAACGGCUGGGGCCGGCGGACGUUAGGGGUAUCUGCGUCUGGGGAAACCACAGCAACUCUCAGGUGCCGGAUGCCAGCGCCGUAGAGUUCCGUGUGAACGGCUGCUGGACCCCGGCCCCCGCCGUCAUCCGCGACGCCUCCUGGCUCAACCUCAGCAACAGCUCUCACGAGCGGUUCGACGCGGAAGGGGGAGUCGUGCUAGGUGAUCGUGGACGACGUUACAUUUGCAUCAAGUUGCCCUCGUGA